CCUGCUGCAUGUGGCUCUGCUAACACAUUAUUCUGGGGUUUUAAAGCGAAUUUUAGGUCAAAAACAGACGGCGAAUGGCCUCCAGCUGUCGACGACCCGAACACACGGCUCCUCCCGAUGUGUUCUACAAUGAGGUGGAGGCAAAGAAAUACUCUCAGAACUCUCGGAUGAUUGAGAUCCAGACCCAGAUGUCGGAGCGAGCGGUGGAGCUGUUAAACCUGCCGGAGGGACAGCCCUGCUUCCUGCUGGAUGUUGGGUGUGGAUCUGGUCUGAGUGGAGACUUCCUGUCAGAGGAGGGACACUACUGGGUCGGAGUSGACAUCAGCACAGCGAUGCUGGAUGUCGCUCUGGACAGAGAGGUGGAAGGAGACCUUCUGUUGGGGGACAUGGGCCACGGGAUGCCUUUCCGACCCGGCACAUUUGACGGCUGCAUCAGCAUCUCUGCGCUGCAGUGGCUCUGUAACGCUGACAAACGGUCCCACAGUCCACCUAAAAGACUUUAUUCUUUCUUCAGUACUCUUUACUCGUCUCUGGCCAGAGGUUCCCGUGCUGUUUUUCAGCUUUACCCUGAAAACUCAGAACAGCUGGAGCUGAUUACAAGUCAGGCCAUGAGGGCAGGUUUCAGUGGAGGCAUGGUGGUGGAUUACCCCAACAGCAGCAAGGCCAAAAAGUUUUUUUUGUGUCUGUUUGCCGGCGUAACGGGAGUUCUUCCUAAAGGGUUGGGGACAGAAGCUUCAAACAAAAAUGUCCCAAACCAGGUUCAGUAUUCAGGACAAAGGUGUCGUUUUAAAAACAUGAAGGGGAAAUCGGCGAAGAAGGGACGAGAUUGGAUCUUAGAGAAGAAGGAGAGACGAAGAAGACAAGGAAG